CGCCGCAGUGAGGGCGGAGGGGGCAGGGCGGGGUUGCGCCUGGGCCGCGCCGGGGCGGAGGAGCGGCGGGGGUCAGGAUGGUGUUUGAAUCGCUGGUGGUGGACGUCCUGAACCGUUUCCUCGGUGACUACGUAGUGAACCUAGACAGCUCCCAGCUGAAGCUGGGCAUCUGGGGAGGAGCCGUUGCACUGAAGAAUCUUGAAAUAAAAGAAAAUGCACUGAGUCAGCUGGAUGUGCCAUUUAAGGUUAAAGCAGGACAUAUUGGUCAGCUUAACCUACAAAUUCCAUGGCAAAACCUUUAUACUCAACCUGUUGAGGCAGUUCUUGAUGGAGUUUAUUUGCUUAUUGUGCCCACAGCCAGCAUAAAAUAUGAUGCUGAAAAAGAGGCCAGGCAGCUUUCGGAAGCAAGGCAGAGGGAACUGCAAAGGAUAGAGGAAGCAAAGCAGAAAAUAGCUGACCAAGAUAAAGUAAAAGAAGAAAAACAAGACACUUUCGUAGAAAAACUAGUCACUCAGGUUAUCAAAAAUCUUCAAGUGAAAAUUUCCAACAUCCAUGUUCGCUAUGAAGAUGAUAUCACGAAUCGGAGUAACCCCUUGUCAUUUGGUAUUUCACUUCAGAACCUAAGUUUGCAGACCUCAGAUAAGAAUUGGAAUCCAUGUUUACAUGAUGAAUCUGCCAGGUUGUUCUAUAAGCUUGUACGACUGGAUAACCUUUUUGCUUACUGGAAUGUGAAAUCUGAGAUGUUCUAUCGUUAUGGCUAUAAUGAAUCAUUGGUUAGCUUGAAACAGGGAGUUGCCUGUCACAAUGUGAUUCCAGUUGGUUAUGAUUUUGUAUUCCGCCCAAUUUCUGCUGAGGCCAAACUUCUUAUGAAUCCUCGAUCUGACAUUGAUUUCUCAACUCCAAAAAUGGAUUUAGAUAUAAAUAUAAAGGACAUAGCUGUUGAAUUCAAUAAGCCACAGUACUUCAGUGUUAUGGAGCUUCUUGAAUCUAUUGAUAUGAUGACUCGAAAUUUGCCGUAUAGGAAGUACAGACCUGAUGUUCCAUUGCACAACAAUGCCAAGAUAUGGUGGAAAUAUGUUAUUUAUGGCAUCCUUGAAGUAAAUGUUCAACGUAAGCUCCAAAUGUGGUCAUGGGAACAUAUUCGGCAUCAUAGGAAGCAAGUGAAGAACUAUAAGGAUUUGUAUAGAACAAAGAUAAUAUCAAAAAAACCUAAUGAAGAAAUCUUAAAAUCAUUGGAGGAAUUUGAAAAGGUCCUGGAUAUUUUUAACAUCACGCUUGCAAGGCAGCAAGCAGAAGUUGAGGCAACUAAAUCUGGAUGCAAAAUAUACAAGCCAGGAACAAAACAAGAUGAUGAAAAUUCUGGUGGCUGGUUUAGUUGGAUAUGGGGCUGGUCACGUGAAGAUAAGGAUGAACAGAAACAAGAAGUAAAGACUUCAACAGGUCUUGAAGUUCUUAUGACAAGUGAAGAGAAAGCUAAACUUUAUGCAGCAAUUGGAUAUAGUGAAACAGCUGUGGACCCAACACUUCCCAAAUCAUAUGAAGCCAUGAAGUUGUCUAUAAAUUUAAAAAGCAUGUCAAUAUCAAUAAGAGAAAACAACCAAACUCCUGAGUUGGUACAAUUUUCUUUAAAUGAAUUGAGUACAGUAUUUACGCAACGACCCGGUGCACAAGCAAUAAGAUUUGAAACCAAAAUAACUUCACUUGAAGUUACAGGCAUGUCCCAAGAAAACUGUACACCCUGUCUUCUGUCUUCUCGAACAGUUUAUUCAGAUGAUAGUACCUCACUCUUAAGCAUAGUCUUUGAGACUAACCCAUUGGAUGAGGAGGCAGAUCAGAGGCUUAAAAUAGAAUCACAGCCACUGGAAAUCAUAUAUGAUGCAAAAACAAUAAACAGCUUAGUGGAUUUCUUCAGGCCCCCAAAAGAUGUACAUUUAGAGCAAUUGACAUCUGCAACUCUGAUGAAGCUUGAAGAGUUUCGUGAAAAAACAUCAACGGGCUUGUUGUAUGUUAUUGAGACCCAGAAAGUUCUUGACCUCAAAAUUAACCUCAUGGCUUCAUACAUCAUUGUUCCACAAAAUGGAUUCUAUGACUCCACUUCUAAUCUACUUCUUUUGGAUCUUGGUAGUCUUAAGAUGAAAAGCAAAAGUCGUUCUGAUAUAUCAGGUCUUAAGGUUGGACAAAGCACUAUUGAAGAUAUAAUGUCAAGAGCUUAUGACAGUUUUGAUAUCCAGCUCACCAGUAUACAACUACUUUACAGCAAACAUGAUGAGAACUGGCAAGAGGCUCGUAAGCUGAAAUACUCAUCUCAACACAUCUUGCAGCCUUUGGAUGUAAAAGUGGAAUUUGGUAGGGCUAUGGUUGUCACUGAUGCAAGAAUGCCCAAGUUCAAGCUGUCUGGACAGCUGCCUUUACUUUCUGUCCAAAUAUCAGACCAAAAGCUGAAAAGUAUCUUGGAGCUAGUUGACAGCAUUCCUAAAACAGAAAGUACUCCUGCUACCACCUCUCCUCCAAAAAUAACUGAGGCUGCAAUAUCCCCUGUGCUCUCCGCACCACAUUUAUCACAGCUUCCUGUUUUGGAUCUUCAUUCAUUUGCAGAGUCAGAAUCAGAAGAAGAAUUUUAUGAUGCUCUAAGCAGCCCUGUGGAAGAUGUGCCGUUUUUUGAAGCCCCAUCUGGUUCCCUCAAACGAGCUAGCAGCACAAGACGAAAAAAACUAAAUAAACAAGAAUCUUUGAAAAAUAUGACAGAACUCCAGUUGAGGUUUGAAGUAGCUGAGGUCUUAAUAAAAUUAUGCCGUCUUACUGACAAUACUGAGACACCAGUGCUGCAGCUUGAAGUUGUAGGGUUAGGCACUGAACUUAAAUUAAGAACAUUUGACAUGACUGCAAGUGCUUUCCUGCAUGAAAUUUGUCUACUGUGUCCAGAGUAUAUGGACGAUAAUGACAAACCAGUUUACUUAGUUACUACUUUGGAUAACGUAGAAGAUGAUCUUCUCACUCUGGAGUACAUAAAGGCUGAUAUUAAUGGACCAGAAUUGAAGACUGCCUAUCAGAAUGUUCUACAGAAAAUAAAGGUAAACUUUUCAUCUCUUGAUGUUCAUUUGCAUACCGAGACUCUCUUGAAUGCUGUGAACUAUCUGAACAAUCUUCUACCCAAACAAGAAGCUAAAGUUGCAGAAGAGCCGGUCCAUGAAAAAACAGAGGAUAAAAAGGAUGUUCUUAAAAAAUUAACAUCAAAAAAAUCAAAGUAUGAAGAUGUUAUUGACCUAAAUAUCUGGGCGGAUUUAUCCUGUUUACGUGUCUUUAUUAGAGAGAAAAAACACAGAAUAGCUGAAAUUCACAUUGAAGGUCUGGAUAGCCAAGUGAUCAUGAAAAAAACAGCAACAGAAAUAACUGCAAAACUAAAGAACAUUGUUAUUGUGGAUUCUGAUGAGAUGGCAUUGUAUAACAAGGCUCUUUACAUCACAGGAAAAGAAGUCUUCAACUUCAAAAUGAUAUCUUACGUGAAUGCUACAGAUGGUAUUGCAUACACAAAUAUGGAUGUUGUUGACAAUCGUGUUUACCUAACUGUUGGUUGUAUUCAAGUAGUUUUUGUCAACAAAUUCUUUUCUUCUAUUUUGGCUUUUAUAAAUAACUUUCAAGCUGCCAAGGAAGCUCUUACUGAGGCAACAGUUCAAGCAGCAGAGAAAGCAGCUACAGGUGUGAAAGAGCUAGCAGAGCGUAGUUCUCGUUUGGCACUAGAUAUCAAUAUUAAAGCACCUGUUGUGAUAGUUCCUCAGUCAGCAGUUUCCGCAAAUGUCCUGGUGGCUGAUCUUGGUCUAAUCACUGUAAAGAACCGAUUCUUUAUUGCUAAAACAAAGACUCGAUAUAAUCUCCCACCUGUUGUUGACUCUAUGACGGUGAAAUUGAGUGAACUGAAGUUAUACAGGUCAUGCUAUGAGCAAAAUUCUUUGCAAACUGAAGUACAGCUGCUGCAACCACUCAAUCUGGAAGUAGCUGUUGAACGAAAUUUAGCUGCUGCAUGGUAUAAUGAAGUACCUGAUAUUGAAAUAUCUGGACGACUCAAGCCUAUGAAUCUAAUUCUCAGUCAGGAGGACAUUACAACAAUACUGAGGACACUAAAUGAAAAUAUAGGUGAAAGCUCGGGCGCGUCACCACCUUUACAAGAACUGAAAGAUGCAACUAGUCAUUGUAGUGAUAUCCACAGUACUUCAGAGCACUCUGCAGGUGUAACUGUUGUGACAUCGGCUGUGGUGGAAUUGCAUUCACCUGUGAAAAUAAAAACAACACUAAAACUGGAUUUCAGAUUCGACUCUUUGACUUUAGUGUUGUAUAAUUCAAAUUCAAAACAGGGUACAGAUUUGGAUCAGAGAGAUGAUCUUUUGAAGCUUGCAGAGUUUAAGUUAGUGUUGAUGUCAGCUGCUGUGAAAAUGUUAUCAGAUGGCUCAAUGAAUGCUUCAGUCAAGUUAGCAAACUGUACGUUAGAUGAUAAAAGACAGGCAAUCGACAAGGCUACACCAAGGAUGGUGGAAAUGAAGCAUGGAUUUGAAAAGAAAGUUAUGAUGGAUAUAAACUAUAAACAGGGGAGAGAUGGCACUGUUCUUGAAAUGGUUGUUCAAGAGAUAUAUCUUUGUGCAAGCAUGGAAUUUCUACUUACAGUUGCAGAUAUAUUCCUAAAAGCUAAUGCAGAAAGUGCUGCUGCACAGAGGAAUCUCAGGCAGUCCUUACCUUUAAAGGAGCAAACACCUCUGCAGCCUGUAUCUACAAUGGAAAUGAACGUUAUUGUUAAAAAUCCAGAAAUUGUGUUUGUGGCUGAUUUAACAAGAAGUGAUGCUCCUGCUUUGGUGGUUACAACACAGUGUGAGGUCUUCAUUAAAAAUAGCCCUGAAAGGUAUAGCAUGACAGCUGCUGUUAAAGAGAUACAAGUGAAAGCAUGCCCAUUUCUUCCAGAAAAAAGGAAAGGGAAUGUAACUACGGUAUUACAGCCUUGCGACUUCUUCUUUGAAAUGAAACAGUCUGGUAAUAAUCCUCAGUCAGCUGAUCUAAUGAUUAAAUCUCUAACAGUAAAAGUUUCGCCAAUAAUCAUAAAUACAGUAAUCACUAUUACGUCCGCCCUUUAUCGAACUGCAGAAACAGCAGAAGAAGAAAUUAAUCAAGUUCCUCCAGGCUUAUGGAAUACGAAAGACUUAAAAGAUCUAAAAUUGUGGUUUCUUGAAGAAUCAAAUGAAAGCAAAGACACAAAUCCAGCCACCGAACUGGUUCCCACAGGACAGUUAUUGAAAAUGAGUAUAGAAUCUGUUGUUCUUACACUUGAAGCUGGGGUUGGGCACCGUACUGUACCAAUGCUCUUAGCCAAGUCCUCAUUUCUUGGAGAAGUCAAAAACUGGAGUACACUCAUCAACCUACGUUCUCACCUUGAGCUAGAGGUACACUAUUUUAAUGAGAUGUUUGGAGUGUGGGAACCUUUACUUGAGCCACUAGAAAUUGAGAAGACCGACUUAUUUAAACCAUGGAUUCUUGAAAUCAAGAUGAAGAAGAAAGCUAAAAAAGCAUUAGUUGAAUCAGAUGCAGAAGAAGAAACCUAUAAAGUUCCAGAAUAUAAAACAGUAAUAAGUGUUUCCUCAAAAGAUCAGCUGAAUAUUACAUUAUCCAAAUGUGGACUACAAAUGUUGAGUAACUUGGGAACGGCAUUUGCUGAAGCAGCUAGUCAAACUUCAGAUAUCUUCAAAAAAGACCGAGCGCCGUUUGUACUAAUAAAUUCUUUAGGACUUGCCAUCACUGUCUUGCCUAGUGAUUCUUUCAGAGUCCUCAAUGCUGAAUUUGGAGCAAAAAUAUUCAAUUUAAGAGAUGGAGAUACUUUAAAUAUGGAAUAUGUCAGAACUAAAAGUGAGAGUGAACAGUUCACAGCAAUGACAACCCUGAGUAGCAAAAGGUUUUAUAUUCAAGUCUGUCCACAUAAUCAUUCUGCUGUUGAGAAGAUUCCGUUGACCAAAGUGGGUCGAUGUAUUUACAGAGUAAGGCACGAGGAGUCAGGUGUUGAAAGGUCCAUUGUCUGCCAAAUUGAUACUGUUGAAGGAAACAAGAUGAUAACUAUUCGUUCUCCUAUCCAGAUAAGGAAUCAUUUUUCAAUCCCAUUCAAUAUUUUUGACGAGGGAAGAUGUCUAGGGACUGCAUCACCAGAAAAUGAAUUCAACAUACCAUUGUCCUCAUACAGAUCAAUACUGAGUUUGCUACCCAUAGCAAAUGAAAAUGGAGUGGAUGGAGAAUAUGAUAUGUGUGAAGGAAUUACUUUUGAUGAAAUUAUGAAAAAUGUUGACAGCUUAUUGCAAAGGAAAUGCCAGUCUGUGAGGUCGACUAACCACUCACUUAUCAUCAAUAUUGUUACUGUAAAAGACACAUUGACAUCUUCAUUAUGUUCAGAUGAUCAGUGGGAUUAUCCAUAUGUCGUUCAUUUAUGGCCUUCUGUUCUUCUCCACAAUCUUCUUCCUUAUCACAUAACUUACUCCAUAGAGGGAAAUGGGAACAAAUAUGUCACUCUGCAAGAUGGAUGUUCAGCCCAGAUUCAUAAUGCAGUCUUGGAUCAAACGAAACUAGAUUUACAGUUGCUUAACUAUCUUGAUCAAAACUGGAAAAGCGAGUACCAUAUAAAAAGUAACUUACCGGAUAUCAGCUUCACAACAUUUUACUGCAUCACAGAGUUGGAUAAGACUGAACUGGACAUUGCUGUCCACGUGACAUACACAACUGGGCAGAUGGUUAUAGCAAUUCACAGCCCAUACUGGAUGGUAAACAAAACUGGUCGAAUGUUGCAAUACAAAGCUGAUGGUAUUCACCGCAAGCAUCCUCCAGAUUGCAAAAAGCCGCUACUGUUUUCUUUCCAGCCCAAAAACUUCCUCCAAAAUAACAAGGUUCAACUUAUGGUAACUGACAGUGAGCUGUCUGAUCAGUUUUCACUGGACACUGUUGGAAGUCAUGGUUCGGUGAAAUGCAAGAGUCAUAAAAAAGAUUAUCAAGUCGGUGUCACCAUAAACAACAGCAGUUUUAAUAUUACUAGAAUUGUAACUUUUACUCCAUUUUUUAUGAUCUCAAAUAGAAGCAAAUACACUUUGGAAGUGGCUGAAGAAGGCAAGGAAAAGUGGAUACCACUUGUUUUGCAACAGUGUAUUCCCUUUUGGCCUGAAAAUGAUGCCAACAAACUGCUUGUUAGAGUUGAAAAUUCUGAUCUCCCUCCAAAGAAGAUAGAUUUUGAUAAGCAAGAAAACUGUCUCUUACUGCAUUUAGACAACAAGCUUGGAGGGAUUACAGUGGAUGUCAACUUGUCUGAACAUUCUACAGUGAUUACUUUUUCUGAUUACCACGAUGGUGCAGCACCCUUUCUGUUAAUAAACCAUACUGAAGAAGAAAUUAUUGAGUAUGGACAAAGUUCCCUCAGUGAAUUAGAAGGCUGUCUUCAGCCAAACAAGGCAGUGUUGUAUACUUGGGCAGACCCAGCAGGAUCUAGAAAAUUGAGAUGGAAAUGUGGAAAAAGAACUGAGGAAAUUACACCAAAAGAGGACAAAAUAGAAGUACUCAACCUGGACUGUAGAAAGGUGGUCUAUUUAGUGUCAUUUUUUGAAGGUUUGCAGCGCAUUGUCCUAAUCACUGAAGAUAAGAAUGUAUUUAAAUUGGCAUAUGAAAGUGUACAGGCAGAACUAGCAGAGCAAGAAAUUAUUCUGUCUUUACAAGAUGUUGGAAUUUCAUUGGUUAAUAAUUAUACAAGACAGGAGGUGUCCUACAUAGGAAUUACAAGUUCUGAUGUGGUCUGGGAGACGAAACCCAAGAAGAAGUCUAGAUGGAAACCAAUGAGUGUUAAGCAAACAGAUAAGUUAGAACAAGAAUUCAAAGAAUACAGUGAGCUAACUCCAUCGGAAAAUAAGACUGUUGAGUUGGAACCAAACAUUUUGGUGUGUUUAACUCCUAGUGGAAAUGACAUGAAGAUUCAACAACCCAAUGAGAUUCCUAUCAGAAGGAAUUACCUGCCAGCUUUGAAAGUUGAGUACAGUUCAUCGGCACAUCAGAAAUCUUUCAGAAUUCAAAUUUACAGGAUACAAAUACAAAACCAGAUUCCUGGAGCCAUAUUUCCCUUUGUGUUCUAUCCUAUUAAACCUCCAAAGUCCAUCACCUUGGAUUCAGCACCAAAACCAUUUACUGAUGUCAGUAUUGUUAUGAGAACUGCAGGACAUUCACAAAUAUCUCAUAUUAAGUACUUUAAGGUCCUGAUUCAAGAGAUGGAUCUCAGAUUAGACCUUGGCUUCCUGAAUGCACUGGUUGAAUUUUUUACACAGACUGAUGUACCUACUGUCCAACAGCUGGAACUUUUCAAAAAGGAUGUAGAAUCUCUUCAGGAAGAACUGAUGAGUGUGUCAUCCAUGGAUACAUCACAAAUCAGCUUGUAUGAAUACUUUCAUAUCUCUCCAAUUAAGUUACAUUUAAGCUUUUCACUCAGUACUGGUGGUGAAGAUAGUAACAAAGAAGAAAGAAAGAAAGAACUGAUACCACUUCAGUCUUUGAAUCUCCUUCUGAAGAGCAUAGGUGCCACCCUCACAGAUGUACAAGAUGUCGUCUUUAAGUUGGCGUUCUUUGAACUCAGCUAUCACUUCUGUACUACACAACAGCUCCAAUCAGCAGUGAUAAAGCAUUAUUCAAAACAGGCUAUUAAACAGAUGUAUGUCCUUAUUCUUGGCCUUGAUGUAUUGGGCAAUCCAUUUGGAUUCAUAAGAGGCUUGUCUGAAGGAGUAGAAGCAUUUUUCUAUGAGCCUUAUCAGGGAGCCAUCCAGGGUCCUGAAGAAUUUAUAGAAGGAAUGGCACUAGGACUUAAAGCACUAGUAGGGGGAGCUGUUGGUGGAUUAGCUGGUGCUGCUUCAAGAAUCACUGGUGCUAUGGCAAAAGGUGUAGCUGCAAUAACAAUGGAUGAAGAUUAUCAGCAAAAAAGGAGAGAAGCCAUGAAUAAACAGCCCACUGGUCUGAGAGAGGGUAUCACUCGUGGAGGAAAAGGAUUAGUUUCUGGUUUCGUCAGCGGCAUAACAGGAAUAGUUACAAAACCAAUAAGAGGAGCUCAGAAAGAAGGAGCAGCUGGUUUUUUCAAAGGUGUUGGAAAAGGCCUAGUGGGAGCAGUAGCUAGGCCUACUGGAGGAAUCAUAGACAUGGCAAGCAGCACAUUUCAGGGUAUUAAAAAAGUUGCCGACUCAUCAGAAGAUGUGGUAAGCCUACGCCCACCUCGCUUCUUUGGUGAAGAUGGUGUUAUUAGACCUUACAGAUUAAGAGAUGGAACUGGAAGUCAAAUGUUACAGAAAAUUGAAAAUGGAAGAUUUGCAAAACUCAGAUAUAUUGCACAUGCUAUGGUCAACAGUACAGAUCUGUUAAUGGUGACAAAGAGUGGUGUCUUAUUUGUGACAAAAGGGACAUUUGGACAGUUGACAUGUGAGUGGCAAUACACUUAUGAUGAAUUUACGAAAGAACCAUUCAUUGUUGAUGGCAGAAGAUUACGCAUUGAAGCAAAGGAACGAGUAAAGUCUGUGUUCCACGCCAAAGAAUUUGGAAAAAUUAUUAACUUCAAAAGUCCAGAGGAUGCUAAGUGGAUCCUUUCUAAAUUGGAAGAAGUGAGAGAGAAUCGGCCAAAAUCAUAAGGAAUGGAGAAGCACCAGGAGAUAAAGAGUACUGAGCACCUACCUUCUAACUCCUUCUGAACAAGCAGAACUAGUUGCAUAUCAGCAACAUUUUACAAAUAAAGAAAAUGAAAAAAGAGGGAGAGAGGAUGGAUGAAAUUAAUCGUCACACCAGUCUAUGGUGUCUAUGGUAUAUCAUAAAAAAAAUAGCUAUUAUUAAGUUUAGAAAAACCCACAAACCUCUGGCGAUGAAAAAUUUUUGCCAAGUUUCAGCUUUUUUUAACUCAAAAAUUCCAGAUUUCAUUUUUUUUCAAAAUACAGUUUAUAUGAAUUUGUUUUACCUUGACUUCUGGCACCAAAACCAAAAUCUGGACUAGUUAUUAUGAUUCUAUUCAAAACAAAUAAUUUGCUCUUGCUUGUGAAAAUCAAUAUCAAGUUUGUUUCUGUGUUUUCUUAUGACUUGAGCCUGUGUUGAAAUUUAAACUUCUUUUGAAAGAAGCAUUAACUUAAUUAUCACUGUCUUAAUGCUCAAAUCCUAUGGAAUCUGUUCACCAGAAAACUCUUUGUUAAUCACAGGAGGGGCUACUUAGUUACCAAUUUUGUAAAUGCAUAGACCAGGUCACAAUCAAUUUUCAUUGCAGUAUCACUUUCAGUGUAAACUUUUUUAUAUGCUACUCAAGGAAAUGUCAUUGCACCUUUAUCAUUAUUAAGAGAAAAUAUAACAGUUUACAGAAACUUAUAAUGGGGAUAAUUAAUAUAUGUCUGCACUAGAAAUAUGAAUUUAAACUUGUUAUUCUAAGUAAAGGUUAUAGCAGAUUUGCAACUGCAGAAGGAAGAUUUGGGGUUAUAAGGGCACUGUUGCAUACCAAAAAUAUUUGCCGUGGAUAUUGUGUGCUAAGCAAGUGACUAAUAAAGUCAGAUUUAUAUUAAAUAACAAAUACAGUAUUUCACAGUUGCUUUUUUCAACUCUUCUUGUCCAACUGAAGUUUUGUUUCUUACCUAGACAGCAGAACUUUAAUAGGUAGAGCCUGAAGGUGUGUGAUGCUGCUUACUUCUUAGAUGUAUUAGUCAUAGUAUUGUUGAAUGGCUGAUUACUGCAGUUGACAAGAAAGUACUGGGAGCAAUACAGUGUUAUACGAAGGCUUCCGUAAGUUCCCAUAUCAAAGUCUUCAGAAUUAAUGGCAUAUACAGUAUGUACUUCCAAAAUAUUCUUUCCUAACAAUUGUUUGGAAUGUUUAUAUGUGAGAUUUUAUACUUCCUACACCACUGGUGGUGCUUAAGAGAUCCAAGUUGUUGCAUUAUUGUAAAAUCUAAAAUGAUGAGCAUGCUGACCUGCAAUUGCAGCUUUUUGGUUUAGUCUAAGUCUUGACUUAGAUGUUGAGUAACCAUUUAUUUGAUUACAAUACACAUAUUUUAUUGUACUUUUUCCCAUAAAUUGUAAAGUGAAUUCUGUACUAUGAGAAUGACUAUUUUACUCCACUUGUUUGUACAACAAACACAUACCAAGACCAUUAACUCAGGUUAUAGUCAUGCCAAAAUAAUACUUUGCCUUAGAUAAAUAUUGUCACUAGUUGACAAAACAUCUGUUUUUUUUUUUUAUUUCAUUUUAAUCUAUCACUGGUAAUCGUAGGUGGGAUAGUUCAUUGGACAGCCACAUCAUGAUCUUCAUUCUUCGGUUCUUUCAGCUGUCUCUUCCUCUCUCGUAUCCCUGGUAUUUCCUUUGUAUCUGCAAUUUCACUUCUGAAUCAGAACUUUCACUUCUGAUAUCUCUUGCAAGCAAGCACAUGGUACAUUCCCAUUUGUUUCUUUCUUUAAUUUAUUCUAAAUUUUUCUCUCCACAGAGGCUGUUUCAAUGUUUCAUCUUCAGUUCUUAGCAUGGUUGUCUUUAUUUUGCUCACAAACUCCUGUUUCUGAAAUUGCAACUGGUUCUACAGUAGUUUUUGAAUAAUUUAAUCAUUAAAUUGAAGGAGUUAUCCUAGAUAUGCAUAUCUGUGAUUAAGCUCAUGCUUUGGAAAAGAUAACAACUUCCCCAAAUUUUCAACUUUUUUAUAAAUUAUCUUGAGCUCCUGCGCUCAAAGCUUUAAGAAGAGAAUUAGAAAACUCGAAGUGUGCUGGUUCGAUCAGUAUCCAGAAUGUAUAAAAUUCAAUGCAGUGCUCUUCCCCACCUCCCUCUUUGCCUCAGCAUGUUAUGAUAACGUGGUUUUCUAUAGCUCCAUUUUUCUAGUCCAUUAAUUUUAUCUCUUUCCUUUGUUUUUUCCUUAUGCUUUUUCCAUACAGUCAUGAGUGAAUUUUGCCAUUUUUCGAUAGACUUCAAUUUCUCUUUGUAAACCAGUUUGGGAAAAGGAGAAAUGUAUUCAGUUAUGUUGUUGUGUAGUUUACUGGAUUGCUUUUUGCAAAUUAUUUGAGAUGUCCACUCUGGUGUGCCUAAUUCGUAUCUCAAAAUAUCUGUUUUUUCAACAAGAAUGUAGAACAGAUGUAUUAAUUUUUCAUGAACAUUUAUGUGCAAAUAUACGUGGGAAUCUCAACAGAAAUAAAAGUAUAAGCAUGUAGGUCUGUCCACUGUCAUGCCUAAAAGAAUACCAUGGCCUUUAAUGAAGAAUUGUUUCUAUUCUAGACAGAUGUUACACGAACAUAAUUCCUUUCAAAAUGUCAUUUAGAUUUUCAGUAGUAUUUUAUUACUGGUUACAUUACCUCUCUGGAAGGAGUGACCAAAUAUAGAAUCAAAGGUGGUGGCAAACAGUGCUGCAAGUUGCGGGUGAUUGGAUUAUGCAGUGUUCUAGAAUCUAACUGUCUAAUAAAUGCUUGCACCUGCAUGCAUUUCCAGAGCAUGAUUUCUUUUUUGUUUCUACCCUCCGUCCUGCCUUCCUGCUGUCCCAACCCAGACUAUUCUCCACCUUUAAUAAAGCAAACUGAAUUUUGAAUGGAA